AUGGGUUGCUUGCUAGGUUGCUUCGGCCGUUUCGCGCCUUUGAUUUUAGGCUUUUUAGCUAACAGAUUUGAGUUAUUAUUUGUUCGCAGUGACAAAGCUGAGGAGGAGAAACACAGUACGAGUCCGAUUCCGAAUCCGAGUCCGAGUCCAACUCGUAAGAAAGUGACUUUUGACUCCAAUGUCAAAACAUACGAACCCAUUGCAGUAGAUGAAUCUAUUGAGCUCUUGGAAGAGAAGAAAGUGGAAGAGAAGCCUUUGAAGAAGUCUGAAUGCUCAUCUGAUGGGAGCGAUGUUACUUCAAACUCUUCAGGGUCUUAUCCUUCAAACCAUAGAUACCAGAAUUGUAGAGAAAGCGACGAUGAAGAAGAAGAAGAAGAAGAAGAGGAUGUAACAGAUUGCGACGAAAGCGAUAUCGAUGAUGAAGUUGAUUAUUGUGGUUUUAUCCUUCCGGAAGAAGACUUCAAUGACGAUAAAAUUUACGAGGAUAGACUUCAGAGUUGGGAUAAAGAAGUUUACACAGAGGAGAUUACUGAUAAUGUUUUGGACAUAGAGAAGAAGAAGCCUAACGUGAGUGUUAGAGACAGAAGCGGAUACGUCAACGCAGUGCUUAACCCGAUCGAGAAUCUCACUCAAUGGAAAGCUGUGAAAUCCAGAGGAACAACAACAACAACAACAACAACACAGAUACAGUCUCGGAAGGAGAACGCUAAUCUCAUAUCGUCCGAACUAAACGCUUCUUUCAGCUUAGAGGAGCCUCGUGUAUCAGUCAGCAAGAAGGCAAGAGAUGAAACCAAGAAACAGACAAGACAAGAAGUGGCUGUUGAUGCUAGUCUCUCAACUUGGUUGUCCGUAACAUCGCAGACCAGCGGAUGCAGCAGCGUCUCUAACUACUCAAAACCGGUUCAAAGCUACGAUGAAAGACCUAUAUUGGGAGCGUUGACUUCAGAGGAGAUCAAACAGUUCUCAGCUACGAAUUCUCCAAGGAAAUCUCCGAGUAGAAGCCCUGAAUCGCCUAUUAUCGGAACAGUCGGUGGUUAUUGGAACAAUCACUCAAUGACUAUAAACAAGUGA